GCCCCGCGGGCCGGAAGUCGGGCAGCGAGCGGUGUGCAGGGGCCCCGCCCUCCUGGGCUGGGUUCUGUGCGGGGGGCGGGGCGGGGGCGGGGUCUGUGGUAGCGGGAAUCCCGACCCCGCCCCUUUCCCCACCCCUCCAUUUCUCGCCAUGGCCCCGGCACUGCUCCUGGUCCCUGCCGCCCUCGCCUCUUUCAUCCUGGCCUUUGGCACCGGAGUGGAGUUCGUGCGCUUUACCUCCCUUCAGCCACUUCUUGGAGGGAUCCCGGAGUCUGGUGGUCCGGAUGCCCGCCAGGGAUGGCUGGCUGCCCUGCAGGACCGCAGCAUCCUUGCCCCCCUGGCAUGGGAUCUGGGGCUCCUGCUUCUAUUUGUUGGGCAGCACAGCCUCAUGGCAGCUGAGAGAGUGAAAGCAUGGACAUGCCGGUACUUUGGGGUCCUUCAGAGGUCACUGUAUGUGGCCUGCACUGCCCUGGCCUUGCAGCUGGUGAUGCGGUACUGGGAGCCUGUACCCAGAGGCCCCGUGUUGUGGGAGGCUCGGGCUGAGCCAUGGGCCACCUGGGUGCCCCUCCUCUGCUUUGUGCUCCAUGUCAUCUCCUGGCUCCUCAUCUUCAGCAUCCUUCUCGUCUUUGACUACGCUGAGCUCAUGGGCCUCAAACAGGUAUACUACCAUGUGCUGGGGCUGGGCGAGCCUCUGGCCCUGAAGUCUCCCCGGGCUCUCAGACUCUUCUCCCACCUGCGCCACCCAGUGUGUGUGGAGCUGCUGACAGUGCUGUGGGUGGUGCCCAAGCUUGGCACAGACCGUCUCCUCCUUGCUCUCCUCCUUACCCUCUACCUGGGCCUAGCUCAUGGGCUUGAUCAGCAAGACCUCCGCUACCUCCGGGCCCAGCUGCAAAGAAAACUCCACCUGCUCUCUCGACCCCAGGAUGAGGAGGCAGAGUGAGAAGCUCACUCUGAUUACAAGCCCUGUUUUUCCCCUCCCCCUGAAUUCUUUUUGUUGUUGUGAUGGAGUCUUGCUCUGUUGCCCAGGCUGGAGUUCAAUGGCGCAAUCUUGACUCACUGCAACCUCCGCCUCCCAGGUUCAAAUGA